AUGUCAAAUCGGUUUGGAAUAUCGUGGUUUAAAAAUAAUAGGUCAACAAAAGGGAAUUCUAAUACGAACAAAUAUUAUAAUGAAGAUUCUCUAAAUUCAAAUUACUCAUCCCUUACAAUCUGUGGUUCUGGAAGCGUUCAAGAAUCCUCUGUAUGUGACACAAAACUCUUAGAUGAACGUCUUAAUCGCUACGAAGAUGAGUCUGGUCAAAUGAAUAGUAUAACAUCAUUGACUGACAGAGUAACAUAUUUACGAAAAAACAGAGAAAAUGUGGUUUCAAAAGCACUCACUAAUAUUAAAGAAUCAAUGAAUGUUGACCUUUGUUUCGUCUUAGAUUGCACUAGUUCCAUGUCUUGUUAUAUCAAAGCUGCGAAAAUGCAUAUAUUAAGUGUAAUUGAUUACGUAAAUCGUAAUAAUUCAAAUAUAAAGCUCUGGAUCGGUUUCUGUGGUUAUCGGGACCAUGGUGACGGUUGUGGACGUUUACAGAUUUUUGACUUUACUAGUUCGCACAAGAAAUUUCAAAAUUACUUAUCAAAUAAAGUGAUUGCUAACGGUGGAAAUGAUUUUCCUGAAGAUGUAUUAGGUGGUCUUUAUGCUGCAACAACUAGGAUGACCUGGAGUAAUGCCACUCGUAUUCUUAUUCAUAUUGGUGACGCUCCACCACAUGGCCGUCGUUUUACUAACUUUGAUGACAUCUAUCCCAAUGGCGAUCCAAACGGUCUAACUGCUGAAUUUGUGUUUGAUAAAAUGCGAUCAAAUAAUAUUUUAUACCAUUUUGGGAAAAUUACUGAAUAUACUGAUGUUAUGAUAGAAGUUUUCCGUUCUAUAAUUGGAGAAUUUCUUGUUUUUGAUCUCAAAGGCGAUCUAGCAACAUUAAUAAAUAAAUUUUGCAAGGCUACUUGUUCUGCUAUAUUUUCUUCGGUUACACUAACUACUACUUUAAGGAACUCUAAAAGUAUUUAUUCAUUACAACGUAAAAAACUUCAAAUCAAUCCACUCGAGCCCUAUUGGUCUAUUCUUCCUGAGAAAGCUGGAGAUCUUUUGAGCUAUGUUUUGCCUAAAACUCUAGCUGAAAUUAUGGAUGAAUGUUAUUUUAUUAAUUCAAAUUUUACUGUUCAAAACAUAUCCUUUAAGCUUGCUUCACAACCUUUCGCUGUUGGUUCUGAACGUUAUGCAUAUUUUGCUCUUGAUACUAAACUCGGACAAACUGAUAAAUUAGUGAUAAAAAAGUAUCACGACGUUAAAAUAGGCUCUAUAGAGCAGUAUUUGGAAUCGGUAGAAAUCUCUAGUGUCGCUUAUUUUCUUUCAACUGAAUUCAAUAAAGCCGCUGAAAGUAUUGGUGUUAAAAAGAAAAUUACAUUUAUUGAUGUAAAAAUCUUAUGUGAUAAAACAGACUCAAAUACUUAUUACUCUGUUGAGAAAUAUAUUAAUAACGCCGAAUUUAAACGGUUUAAUGUAAAUAGUGGCAUUAUUAUUGAAUUUCAUUCUAUCCUUGAGGCAUUUGCUCAUUUUACAUAUCAUUACACUAAAGGAUAUUUGGUAGUUUAUGAUUUACAAGGUGUUGAUCUAGAUAAUAUGUUCUUACUAACAGAUCCAUCAAUACAUUGUAUUGAUUUAUUAAGAUUUGGAAUAACAAAUUUGGGAACGAAAGGAAUUCAAAAAUGUUUCUUGGCAAAUCAUAAAUGUAAUGAUAUUUGUAAAAAACUAAAAUUAAUUCGAAAUAGAGUGAGAUAA